GGCAAAACACAACACAAACAGCUUGUGAUUCAGUGGUGUUUGUCUUCACACCCAAAAUGAUGUGCCGUUUGGCCGACUAUUUCGUUGUCGUCGGCUUCGAUGACCACAAACAGAGUCCAAGUAAUGGCAAAAUACUGCAGAGGUUUCCGCACAAGGAUUGGGAGGACUCGCCGUUCAUCGACUCCAUCGAAAUGUUCUGCCAACCGGUUCGAUGGCGGCUGUCUUCGGCCCGACAACAGCCGUCAUUCUUCACGUUCGUGUUGACGGACAUCGACGCCAACCGCCACUACUGUGCGUGUCUUGCAUUCAACGAACCCAUUGCUAUCCAUCCGACUAAACACGACGACGAAGACAUCGACGACGAGUCCAUCACAUCGAUGGAGGGCUCGACCACCGCCUUAUGCACUGGUGUUCAGCACCACUCCAUCAUGUAUUCCACCAAAUGUCUCGUUUUGGUCUCCCGUUUCAAUUACAAAGAAGCCUUAAAGAACUGUUUGACAAUCAUAUACACUGUAUAUAUCGAUAAUAUGGACUUCUCAUUGGAGACGAUAGUAAGCAAUAUCCUCGCCUGCGUUGAUGUCCCGCAACCAGGCGGACCUCAGAUACGAUUCUCAAUCGGCGCGAACGACCGUCAGUUCCUUCAGCCCCCUCUGAGCCCAACCAUUCCGGUCACAAACACUACGGUUUAUAACUUGUUUGAAGAGUUGGGCAUUCAUUCGGUCGUGAAUCUGGUCUGUGCGGCGAUGACUGAGCAUAAGAUCCUCUUUCACUCGCGUUCGUACACCCGUUUAACGGACGCCUGUCUCGCGGUCACUGCACUCAUGUAUCCGUUUGUUUACAAUCAUAUAUACAUUCCGAUUCUGCCGUCGCCUUUACUCGAAGUCCUGUCAACUCCGACACCAUUUCUGAUGGGUAUUCACUCGUCGCUGAAGAACGAAGUCACAGAUCUUUUGGAUGUAAUAGUAGUGGAUUUAGACGGCGGUUCAGUAACGAUACCGGAUUGCCUACGAGUGCCCGUUUUUGACGAGCCUUUAAAUUCUCAAUUAAUUACUCAUUUAUGUCAUGUAAUUCGUCCGCAACUCAUACAAGCGGACGAUGCAUUCCCUUCUAGUCUUUAUAAGCCAUCGACCCCUCAAUUCCUUGAAAGGGGACUUCCAUACAGACAAUGUGAUCUCUUUGAUGAAUUAUAUUCAACGCUUCAAACUUUGUUCAAAGAAGAGGCAAGAAAUCCGGAUUUGGUUUUGCAACACAUCCGAGACUUAGCGCAACAAUUCUAUACCAAUGAAAACCCGAACCCACAGAACCAGUCGUCGAAAAUCCCGUUACCGACCGACGGGGCGUUCACUCGCAUUCAUUUGCCUCCCUUUCCCACACUGAACGCCGAAACGGUUCAGGAAUUGGUUGAUAACGAACAGAUCAAAAAGGAGAUGACAAUCACCAGACGUCUCAGCAAUAAGAAUAUGAACGCUGUGUUAGAACACCAACAGUUCGACCUCAUUGUCCGUCUCAUGAACUGCGCUCUUCAGGACGACUCGCAUCUCGAUGUGAACGGAGUGGCGGCCCAUAUGUUGCCGCUGGCGGAGGCCUUCUGUCGCAAACUAUGCAUAAAUGUGACCCAAUUUGCCUACACUUGCAUUCAAGACCACGCCGUUUGGUCUAACCCUCAGUUCUGGGAACAGACCUUCUAUUCUGAUGUCGAAAAACAAGUGAAAAACUUAUACAAAAAGAGCGAAGAAUCGCCACCAGAGGAGUCGACUGAUGUGAAUGCGAGAAACAGUGCAACCGAUUUGAAACGGGCGUCAAAUUUACAACAAAGUCUUGAAUUGUCUGCGUUAGAGAUAGCGGCCGAACAAAUGAGAUUAGGACCGCAAUUGACUCCCGAGAGGUUGGAAACGCUGGUCAUCGACGAGAACUCAGUGGUCUUCGCACAAGUGAUUCGUUACGCGGACCGAAUGGUAGCCAUGAGAGUGCCAUUAGAUGCCGCGCACAAGACUUUCAAGGGCUCGUCAGAAAGUGAUAACACCUCGAUCUCAAACCUAACCAAUUCUAACGCUUAUGACGGCAGCGGUUCUAACGGUUCUAACAAUAACGACAACGAAUCUGGCUUUGAAGAAGACAAUCAUCACUCGCAUAGUAUCAGUCACUCGGAAAUAGCCGCAAAUGUUAUUAAGUUUGUGACCCGUUUUGCCGACAAAGUGUGUACCGAUAGCAGUGUGAAUGAGGAGCACAUCAAACAAUUGCAUCAAAUGAUUCCCCAAUUGGUUUACAUGCAAAUGGAAAGUCUUGAGUCGGUUUGGCGCGAAAGCAAACGCUUGCCGCCCAUCACUAAGCCUAAGAUCACGACACCUAACCUAUUGGUGGGCGAAGAACUCACACUCCCUGGCCUUCGGGCGUAUCUCAUACACGACGGUCGCGAUGAGGGGCAGUGCGGAGUGCCGUUCGGCACACAACUGUUGCCCACCGAAGGCGCUAUAUUUGUCUCUAACUAUCGAAUUAUAUUCAAAGGUCGUCCGUGCGAUCCGUUCGCAUCCGAAUCGGUUGUUGUCCGCAGUUUUCCGAUCGCAACACUCACUAAAGAGAAACGAAUUAGCAUUCAGUCCAUCACAUCCAUCGACCAGUUCCUGCAGGAAGGCCUUCAGCUCCGGUCCAAUACGUUUCAGUUAAUCCGCGUCGCCUUCGACGAAGAGGUCUCGUCCGACGAGAUCGAGAAUUUCCGCAAAUGUAUUAAUAGAGAGCGAACGCCGCCCACUAUUUUCCACUUGUUUACAUUCACUUCCCAACUAAGUAUGGCUCAGACCAGACUCCUUCACCUCCAGAAGAAUAAGGAGAAGAACUCCACGUUCAAGGGGUUGGCAAAGAAGACACUCUUGAGAACCGCACAAAGGGCUGGAUUUAAACCAAAGAAUAACCGCAAAAACAAAUACAUUACCGACUCUUCCGGUUUCAUACCAGGAAUGGCCAAAACGAUGGGCUCUCCCAAGAAGGGUAUCAACUCAGAUAUGACUGAAGACCACAAGUCUGUUGACAGCGAAUCGCUUUCAAGUAUUCACACGACGAGUACUCUUCAAAUGUCUUCGUCGUCGCAACACAUUGUGUUAAAUCACAUGAACGCCAAUAACGACAGCAAAACACUCGAUAAAUUGCAAGAACUGUCUUAUGUUAAAGACUACCAGAGACUAGGCUUGGGUUCGAUCGCCAGUUAUUACAGUUUGAACGCCUCGACAACAAAGCUCUCGCGAUCUAAUACAGUGAUCGAGAGCUUCCGCAUCUCAGCCGUGAACGCCAACUAUUCGGUCACAAAGAGCUAUCCGGGACUCAUAGUCGUGCCCUACAGUACCAGCGAUGAGGCCAUCCGACGCAUGAGUCGCUUCUAUAGACACUAUCGCUUCCCAGCCAUCACUUGGAAACAUCCGCGCACUAAAGCACUGCUACUCAGAGGCAGUUGUUUUCACGGCAAGGGUGUCAUCGGUCUGCUGAAGGGCCAGUCGUCCGGCGGCGCCGUUCACUCGUCCGAAACGUCGACAAACAUCGAGAACGAAAAGUUCAUAUCAGGGAUCGUAAGAGUGACGCCUUCCUGUUUUACAAGACAUCAAAACCGUAUACUAGAGAACGGAUCCACUCUUAGCGUCAACUCUAUUCUCAAUCCGCGCGAUAUAUCCAUAACGACACCGGAAAGCACUCGACGGGCCAUAAGUGGCGGCACUUCCGCCGCAUUCCAUCGGGCGAUGAAUACAUUGAGAAACUCUGGAGGAAAAUCAGCCAUUGGUUCCCAAAUGGGCAAACAAUUUCAGAAGUGGUCGAACACAAGCAUUAAGGAUAAGCAACGAAUGAGUUGUCCAACCGAUUCGCCCACUUCUUCGUCGUCUGAUUCUCAGCCAAACCUAAAUCGAGCGGUUCUUUACAUAUUCGGAGAGAAGAAUCAAAUCAAUAAAAUCAAAACCGAAUCAUUCAAUAAUUGCGAUUUCAUUCCCGUCGACUUCCAUGAGGUG